UGAGCGCUGGGCUUUAAUCCACCGUGCUAGUUCCGAGGCGCGCACCGAGCCGUUGAUCUAUUUCUACAUCUAUCCGGCUUCGUUAAACCGUUUAAUUACGAAUUUCAGCAGCGCUGUUUUUAUUGAACCACAAGCUUCGAUGUACAAUCAUCCCAAAAAAAUAUUCUUUGGGUUAUAACAGAUAGUCGAGUGUGUCGAGGACAUUCAAACGGAAGGCGGGAGCCGCUCUGACGGGAGUCUGUCAACACAGUCGCGCGCUUUUAUUUUCAUUUUUUCCCGCUCAGAUCAAGCAUGGCGCAAUUCCUCGAGGAUCCGGCGCUGCUCACGAAAGAGAAGCUAAAGAGCGAGCUAGCGGCUAAUAGCGUGCCUCUGCCCAGCGCCGACAGCAAGAAAGACGUGUAUGUGCAGCUUUAUCUGAAGAACCUGACGGUGCUCAACAAGAAGAACAUCUCUGCUCCAGCUCCAGAAACUUUCUCCAGCGAUGAGGAGAUGACAGCGCCGCCGGUGUCUAACAGGAGCCGCUCGGGGAAGAAAGCCACAAGAAAGACUGACAGAGUUCGGGCAGAAGAGAACGACGUCUCUGGUUUGACAGACGAAGAGUUGAAGGUCCAGCUUCUGAAGUAUGGAGUCCAUUCAGGACCAAUUGUUGCCUCUACACGUAAGGUGUAUGAGAAGAAGCUUCAGGAGCUCCUGGAGCAUCCGCCGCUGGAGACCACCCUCCCUGAACCUGAGACCACCCUCCCUGAAGCAGUCACCAUCAAAGCAGAUGGAAACCACAACGGCAACACACACUCAGCCGAAGAAGAACAGUACAGCGACAAAGAAGGAGUUGACCCUGUUUCAGAGCCGGUUCCCGUUGUGACUAAACUGGUCCGGAGCCGAGGAAAGACUCCAGUCACCAUCAGAACCAGCAGCAGACAGCGAGCUAAACAGCAGGUGGAGGAGACCGCAGCAGUCAGUGAAGAAUCAUUUGUGGAUGGAGGAGAUAUUUUGAAGGAAAUCUUCCCUAAUGAACCUCCCACUCCAACUGGAAUAACUGCCACAUGUCGGAGGUCGAUCCACGGUGCUGCUGGUCGUCCGGUGAAGCCGCUGAACCUCUGGUCCGAGGAGCCCCUCCUGAAGCAGAACACGUACACAGUCACCAAAUCCUCCGUCACAGAUGUUCGCAGCGGAGCGUCGACCGCCCGUCCCAAACCCCGCCGCUGGUUCGCUUUCUGGUUGAAGCUUCUGGUGUUCAUCACACUGGCUGCAUCUCUGUAUUACGCCUUCCAGAGCGUCUCCACUGAUCAGAUCAAUGCCUGUCAGCUCUAUGUCCAGGACAAUGUCAUCACACCCAUCGUCCAUUACAUUAGCUGGGGAAGCCCAUCCGAGGGCGACGACGGUAAAUGAGCAGCCCGCUCCAUCGACCAGCUUCAGCAUGCAUCUACUGCCAGACUGAUUUUCUAGUGCUUUACAGAGCGACGCGUCGGCAGGGUUCGGGGAGGGAGGGAUUCUGGUUAUUGCAGUUUGACCCGAGCGGUCACAUCUGAAUAGACUCGUGUUUCAAGUAGUCUUUAAACUCUGUGCAUUGUGUGUUUUGAUCAUGCUUUGUGAUUUUACGGUUUUGUAGCAUUCGAGACGAUGUAGAGAAGUGUAGUGUUCGCUCAUAAUGAAUCAUUCGCCGCUCGCUCAGUGGCGUCCCUGUUCACAACGAGAAGUCAAGUGCCAAGAUAUGGCCAACACGAGAGAGAGGGGGCUGGAAGGAAACGCCUGGAGCUGAAUGUUUGGGGAAAUGGUUUAUUUGAUAACAGAAAUGUUUUCCUGAGUAAUCAUGGUGAGAUUUUUUUGUUUUUGUUUUUAGUUAGCACUUCUGAAUCAGACUUAAUUAAGCGUUGCUAAUGAGUUUUAGUAUAAUAGGGUGACUCUCAAAAAAAAAUUAUGUGGGUCAUGUUUCACUAUAAAAUCCAGGGGGUGGGGGGGGGGGUAAUCUCUCUUUCUCUCUCUCUCUCUAUAUAGAAUAUAGAAAGUAUUUUGCAUGUUUUAAGACUUUUUGCAUUGUGUUGGUAUAAUGCAAAAAAAAAAAAAUAUUAUUUCAUAUAAAUGCAUUGCAAUUAACAUAAUUCAAAAAAAGUUGUAUUACUGCAAUGUGGUGGGGGGACUAUUGUCAUUACUUUAGUGUAAAAAAAUGUACACUUGCAUUACUGUAAUUAGGGAAAAUUCUGUUAUGCAAAAAAAAAAUGCAUACAAUUUUUUUUUUUCUUACAAUUGGCAUAAAAAUAAUUAGAUUCAGUCACAGUGUACACAAUUUACAUUAUAUAAUGUAACAUUUUUGAAUUGCAGUAAUGAGAAUUCGGUGGAAUGUGUUUAACUGAAAAUAUUCAAAAUAAUUAGCAAAUGAUUCUGUGGUGAAAUAUGGCUUUGGCAUAUUCCUGACGGUUUUUGUGAGAUUCACCCAGUUGCGUUUGUUUUUAUCGGUUUGUAGCAGUGAAAUGUUCAAGCUGCUAAACUAGCAGCUCAGAUGAUGUUUGGUUUUAGUACUAGACAGAUUGAUUGAUAUUUAUUUUUUUCAUCCAGACCUUGAAAUAAAAUGUGGUCUUUGAAUGUCUCGUGUAAUAAAUGAUGGUGGGAGGCAGUCUGUUUUUAUUUUUAUAGAUAAUGGCGGCUUGUUAAAUGUGUUUGUGAUGUUUUCAUAAUGUGAUGUGGCAUUAGAGCUGAUUUUAAAACCUGUAAUGAAAAUGGAGUCCACUUGUUAUUGACUAAUCCGAGUGUCUGUUAUUGCUCAAACACUGGUGUUCAUGAGACUAAACUGAAUUCAUUUCUGUGCGGUUAAAAAAAAAAAAACGGUCAGGAUAUAUUUAGUCACUAUAUCUUCAGAGAAAUACAGGGGUUUCUUUUUUAUAUUUUGCUACUCUGAUUAGUUAAUUUUUAACUGCUCUAUUUUUCUAAUGUCUUCUAUAUGAUAAAAAAACUUUUUUUUUUUUAACUCGAUGGGUUACUUCAAAUGUAGAUAUACCCUAACCACUAACUAACAUCUUAGCUUUGUCCUGUUGUGUCAAAGGCAGUAAAUGGUACAAAAGUCCAAUUUGCACUUUGUAUUUAGGCAGCUAAUUGUGGGAAACCGGUUGUACAGAAUGAAUUAUUUAUCCUUGAUUCAAUACAAUUCUUGUGUGAAAUAAAAGAAGAACAUUGAAAUCCAA